AUGGCAGAAGCCAAAACUGUCACAAAUCGUCCGACUUCUGCAAGUCCGGAGCCAAAUUGCGCUAUUUGUUUGGGUCAUUGUGCAAACAAAUGUUUUUCCGACUCAUGUAUGCACCAAUUUUGCUUCAAUUGUUUACUGGAAUGGUCAAAGAUAAAAGCUGAAUGCCCAUUAUGCAAACAGCCCUUUAAGUCAAUUAUACACAAUGUUAAAUCAAAUGAUGAGUAUGAUGAACAUAUUGUUGAAACUAUUCCAAAUGAGGAUAUACAUAUUAUUGAUGAACAGUUUCUAUUUUUACCUCAACCCACAAGGCACCAAUUCCAUUUCAGAACAACAUUUACAGUUGACACCAGAGGAGAACAUGCCAUCCAGCAAAUGCUUCUUACCCACCCUCUCACCAAUGGGGGUAUUUCCAUUGGAUACCCAGGAAGGAGCAUGUAUAGAAGAAGGAGAGAUACAUCUGCUACCAGUUUUCGUAGAUCUAUUUACAGUAGAAACCUAUGGGUCACAUCCCCACCAGAUGUUACUGGACGUUACAGGGAUGUUUCCCCACCAUUUUAUAGGUCUUGUCCCGGAGCCAGAACCCGCCUAGUGCCGUGGUUAAACCGCGAACUAAACGCUCUUCUGUACGAGGACACGCAACUAAUAAUGCGUCUCGUCGACAUAAUACUCGAAUCCCUUCUGCGCUAUCACAUCUGCAGCAGCACGUUUCGUACCAUCCUUCAAGAGUACCUCGGCAACAAGACCGACCAUUUCGUGCACGAGUUCUACAAUUUUAUGCGCUCGCCCUUUGAUAUGAUCGGAUACGAUCGCCACGUGAUCUACACCGAACGGCCGUCGUCGCCCGCCCCUUUUAUAGAUGUCUCGGAUAACGAUACGGACAGCGAUGUCGUCAUAGUUAGCGCCACCAACCCCAACGAACCCGUCGUCAUCGAUUUGGUUAACACAGACUCGGACGAACCAAUACUGAUAUCGGAACAACCGGCUCCAAUUUCACAUGCUUCUACCGAAAAUGCCGAGGCUCGCGCCCCAAUUUUACCUUUAAAGUUGCGGCUGAAACACAAGCGACAACGCAUGCGCAACAAAAAGCACCGUCGAAGAUCGAGUAGCAGCAGUUCUAGCAGCAAUAGUAGCUCUUCUACUAGCUCUUCCAGUACCGAGGCGUCCAGUUUGCAAAAGAAACGCAGGAAAUUAAACAGGCUUAAAAGAAAACUAAAGCGAAUGAAGCGCAGCAGGGAAAACCAAGAGGUUGAGUUGACAGAGGGACAUUCACAAAAGCCUAAUCCUAACAUUAUACAGGUGCAUUCCACCGAUUCCGAAGACGUGCCUCUUUCCACUUUAGCCAAAACAAAAAAACGCAAGAAGCACUCAAAGAGAAAAAACCUGUUCGCUAAAAGGAUAGAAACCACGACGACAACCACAACCAGCACCACGCCUCCUCCGAUCGACGAACAACCGAGUUGUUCUCGGGUGGCGCCGGUGGACCACGUGCCAUCCGCGCCGAGCACCGAUUGGCCCAGUUGUUCGAAGUACGAGGAAAUUCCGAAAGGUCUCGCGCCAGGAAUACCAUCGAAUAUCAACGUGGCUUCGACUUCUUUUAGUAACAAUAAAAUUUUUAAUGACGAUAGUGAUUAUGACGGUUACGUACCGAGGCCUACCGUGAAAAGCGAAGUUCAUGGAGUUAAAAAUGGGGAGUCGAGCAGUGCAGGCCGCCUCAGGAACCUUUUUAUUAAAAAGGAACAAUCAGGCGACACAUUGUUUAGUUACUUUAAUUACAAUUCUGAUACAUCCGACUGUUAG